GGCUUCCCAGGGAAGGCCAGGGAGCCAUGGGGAGGGGUGGGCCUGCCUGUGCAGCCCCUCCUCCCUUUUGCCCUGCCCGGAGAGAGAGGGAUAAAGGAGCACCAGAGCAGCCCUGCCUGAUUCUCAUUAGGGGCCACAGCUGGGAUGGACCCUGCGGAGCCAGAUGGCGGCAGCAGAGGCGGAGAGAGCAGGCCCCGCUCCCAGCGGCCACACAGGAACUUUGACCGAGGUGCCUGUCACUGGGGGUCCAGCCGCUGCUUCGCUCAGGACCGGAAGGCAUCCCAGGUCUGCAGAUAUUUCCAGCGAGGCUUCUGCUUCCACGGAGAUGGAUGCAGCUACCGGCACCUGCAGCCUCCCCUCCACCCUGAGUGGGGCCGCCGCCAUUCGGAGCCACACAUCACCCUGUCAGGCCCCCCCCAGGGACUGACCCGCAGGGGCUCCGAACCCUCCUACCUGCCCUCUGUGACUGUCGGAUGCGGUUGGGCCAGGGCCUACCAGGGCAUGAAGCCUGGCCUGGAGGAGUUGUUCAGCAAGGCUGAGGACAUUGGUGGCAGCUCCUGGAAGUCCCUGUCCCUGUCAUGUGAGUCAUCAGGGGGUACUGCAGCUGCCGAUGGUGAUCACAGCUACUUCCCGAAGUCUCGGCCUAUGUCAGACCCUGUCCAGGAGCUCCUGGCCCCACUUCAGAACCUGGACAUUGAGGUGCAGCAGAGGGUGCAGGACAGUCGGGACAUCGUGUGUGGCAUCUGCAUGGACAAGGUGUGGGAGAAGCCAGAGGCCCAGCGGAUUUUUGGCAUCCUGCCCAACUGCAGCCACCCCCACUGCCUGGGCUGCCUGCGCACCUGGCGGAAGAGCCGAGGGGACUUCCCGCUGGGUGUCAUCAAGGCCUGUCCUCAGUGCCGUGUCCCUUCCAGCUACAUCAUCCCCUGCAAAUUCUGGGUGAGCAAGGGGCCUAAGAAGGAACAACUCAUCAGGAACUUCAAGGCUCGGACCAGCCAGAUUCGAUGCCGGUUCUUUAUGAGGGGGAAUGGCCGCUGCCCCUUCAAGUCGGACUGCAUUUACCUGCACCAGCUCCCAGAUAAGGCCCCGACUUCUGAUCCUCCCUGGCCCGGGAGUAUGCAGCUGGCCUCUGUGGUGGGCAAAACAGCGUUCCUAGGGGGCACCGAGCCAGAGGAGGAGGUGUUCUUCAUGGACUGUGCCCUGACCAUGGCCUUCUGGGGUUCAGAACUCCUCCUGGAUCCCAACAGUUCUUACCACUGCCUCCUGUAACCAGGAUCAACGUGUGGGGGGAUGGGGCUGAGGGGCAGGGGUUGCCAGGUGGUAGGUCUUUUCCCUUUGGAGCUUGGUGGGGGACAAAAGUAGCAAGUGCCCCACCCCCAUGAACUGCAGCAGUGACACAGCUGGGGAACAUGGGGGCGGGGAUGGCUCUCGGGAAAGAGGAAGGAUUCUCACCCUCUUGCCAGGGAUUUGGUUUUUAGCUUUACUCUUUUGUAGAAGGAUUCUGAAAGAAAACCAAUAAAGUGCACCUAAACCAUCACUGCUGGUGUCUGAAGAGCGUCUGCUUAUAGCCUAGGUGCACCCUCACCCCUACCUCCACCAAGGGUUUCUUCUGCAUUUAAUCUGUUGCAAUAUCACCUGUCACUCAGCCUUUGGAA